GGAUUACUACGCCGUGCUCCAGGUCACUCGCAACUCGGAGGAUGCCCAGAUCAAGAAGGCGUAAGUGGGCGGGGUCUGAGCCUGGCACCUGCUGAGGCAGCCCCACCCUGAUGCCAGCCAAACUGCUUCCCUGCACAGGUACCGGAAGCUUGCUCUGAAGAACCAUCCGAUGAAGUCAAGUGAGCCUUCUGCACCAGAGAUAUUCAAGCAAAUAGCAGAAGCCUACGAUGUGCUGAGUGACCCUGUGAAGCGAGGAAUCUAUGAUAAGUUUGGCGAGGAAGGCCUGAAGGGUGGGAUUCCCCUGGAGUUUGGAUCCCAGACGCCAUGGACAACAGGCUACAUCUUCCAUGGCAACCCUGAAAAAGUGUUCCACGAGUUUUUUGGGGGAGACAACCCCUUCAGUGAAUUUUUUGAUGCAGAAGGAAAUGAGGUAGAUUUGAAUUUUGGGGGCCUUCGGGGCCGAGGAGUCCAGAAACAAGACCCUCCAAUUGAACGAGACCUCUAUUUGUCCCUGGAGGACUUAUUCUUUGGCUGCACCAAAAAAAUUAAGAUCUCCCGAAGGGUGCUAAAUGAAGACAAGUAUUCCUCCACCAUCAAGGACAAAAUCCUGACAAUUGACGUGAGGCCUGGGUGGAGGCAGGGCACACGCAUCACCUUUGAGAAGGAAGGGGACCAGGGCCCCAACAUUAUCCCGGCCGAUAUUAUCUUCAUCGUAAAGGAGAAGCUGCACCCUCGCUUCCGCAGGGAAAUCGACAACCUCUUCUUCGUGUACCCCAUUCCUUUGGGCAAGGCCCUCACCUGCUGCACUGUGGAGGUGAAGACCCUUGACGACCGUCUGCUCAACAUUCCCAUCAACGACAUCGUCCACCCUAAGUACUUCAAGAUCGUGCCAGGUGAGGGGAUGCCACUGCCCGAGGAUCCCGCCAGGAAGGGGGACCUCUUCAUCUUCUUUGAUAUCCAGUUCCCCACCCGCCUCACACCCCAGAAGAAGCAGAUGCUCCGCCAGGCGUUGCUGACCUAAUUCUAAGGGACCUGGGCAGGAAGAGCGAGAAAGAAGGGCUACCUGGGCCUUGCCCAUCUCCCCGCUCAACCCCCACAGCUGAAGAUGGGGAGGAACGAGACCUAGGCUGACACAAUAAACCUUCCUUUCCUAGCCUCUAGCUAUGACCUGAAGUGUGCUAGACCGAUGCUUCCUGCAGGACCCAAAAGGCUUCCAUCUUGGUAAUACAGAGACAGGGCUAUGUGACCUCUAGAGUCCUCUGCUCUUGACAUUUCACAAGAUACAUCCUUAGAAGGAGCCUUUUGUGAACUGUGCUGUCCUGAGAAACACAGACAAGAAAAGCAAAGCAGAGGAGGAGAGAGUGCUUGUCCCAGCCCUGCCAUGUCCAUGGCUCAGCCACCACCAGGGCCUUAGGCCACUGCAUACACAAGCUUCAGUUAGUUACAGCAAGGACAGAGUGCCAGAAGAGCUCUGGCUACAGUUCCUUGUCUGUGAAAUGGGUCUUAGGCUGCCUCUGGGCCAGUGGUCUGGGAGGCAUGGCACUUGGGCUCUGGUUGGGUCUGCUCCUGACUCCUGUGUUGGUUACUAACUGACCUUGUGAGCAGAGCUUACAGCCUGACUACAGGCAUGAGGACUGGGGUCACUGGAGUGAAGUCUUGGUGGAUUCAUAUUAUAGAGGGUGACAGUAUCCUUGCCCCAUGACCUGGAGGAGGUCUGGCUUCUGGGUGCAGCCAGGCCUGUGUGGCCCACACCCAUGUGUUCCUCUUCCAUGCCGAGGAGUUUGCCCUGUCUGGGGUUUAGUUUAGGCUGUGAUUAGGUCUAGGCUUAUGGUAACAAGCAGCAGGUUCAGUGGCUUCUAAGAUGUGAGAGAAACCCAGAUUACCCACACUGCUUAGAAUCUUGCCAUUCUAAGUGGCAUAUUAACUUAAGGAUUUUUCCUUUUGUCCUUUCAAAAAAAAAUUUUUUUUCAAGACAGGGUUUCUCUGUAGCCCUGGCUGUCCUGGAACUCUCUUUGUAUAUUAGGCCGCCUCAAACUUUGAGCUCCACCUGUUCCUGCCUUCUGAGUAGUGGGAUUUGGAGCAGGCACUACCACAUGUUUUUUUCCUUUUAAAUUUUGAAGCAGGUAGCUGAGGCUGGCUUUGAACUCCCGAUCCUCCUGCCUCGGCAUUCCACGUACUUGCUCUUAGCAAGUAUUUUGUUUCUGAGCACAUCCAGUCUUGCCCCUGCCGGUCCCAGACCCCCGGUUAUCUCACUGCCUGCCGCCAUCUUUGAACCACCAUCAGGACAGUAACAGAAAGAUCUUGAGGGCUCAGAGUGAUGGCAAUCCCAGUACUCAGAAGGCAGAGGCAAGUGGCUCUCCAUGAGUUUGAGGCCAUCCUGGUCUACAGAGCAAGUACCAGAACAGCUAGGGGUACAGAGAAACUCUGUCUCAAAAAAACAAAACAAAAAAGACAAAGAUUCUGGGGUGGGGCUCCGGGAAGACUCUCAAUGUAGCAGUCAAACAUGGACCUUGGGUCAGAUACGUGGCCAAGUCACUUCACUUCUCUAGGUCCUUUUUUGAAAUAAAGUUUGUUUUUUUUUUUGUUUUAAAGAAUAUGUUUUGCCUG